AUGGAUGCCUCGCUUCGUCCCCAGUUUUUCAUCUCUCGUCAAGAUGGUAGUCUUACGCCUCUCGUUGCUGUCGAUGAACUCCCUCCUCUUAUGUCAAUCCGUGGUGUUCCUCGCUUGUUAAGUCAGAAUGAGACCCAAGGGAUGACCAGUCUCGGUAGCGCGAAUCAUCGUGGCCAAUUCUACGUUGUCGACUGUUUUGCACAUGACACAGCUGAAGCAGUUACCACCGUGGGUGAUCAGAAGUCUCUGGCAGUCGGCUCCAAGAACUCCAAUUCUCGUCAGAAAGGAAAUCCUAAAAAAGAGUAUUGCUCUUUUUGGCUUCGCCAUGGAGAAUGCGAUUAUCAGCAACAAGGCUGCAUUUUCAAGCAUGAGAUGCCUCUCGACCCCGCUGUCCUUGAGAAGCUCGGUCUUAGGGACAUCCCUCGUUGGUAUCGUGAAAAACAUAUUGUCAAGAGCAUUGCAGCGAAUGUGGAGAACUCGCGAAUCCGGGCGAACCGCUCCAAUGUUCAAGCUCUAUUCCAUGGGGGAAAAAAAGACCACCCUUACGAGCAUAUCGCUAUCGGGACAUCCGGAGUUCCCUUGCAAGGACACAACCAGGCCCCUCAGAAUGGCCCAGGUACUGCGCAUGAUCAAGCUUGCCGAAUGAAUCUACUCCAGAGCCCUAGCAAAACUCAUUUAAAGCCUAUCGCUCCAACUGGGCGAACCGUCGGAAGUGGAGAACAGGCCACAGCUACUUUGGACGGGAUAUUUGGGCCACCCAAGCGGUUUGAUCUCGUUAACCAGAAUAAUUUGAAGGAUCUUCAGAAACCAAAUACCGCCAAUACCGCCGUCAAAUCUAAAGAUAACUUUGGACAGAUCGUCAAUGGUUUAAAUUCCAACCAGCCCUAUUCACUUCCUGUCACGGCAGCCGGCUUCUCUAGAAGCAAUAUCGCUCAGCCCAUCAAUGCCAACCUUUUCAACGGCUGUAGGGCCUUGAAUGGGAAUAUUGGCAACGACCUGGCUCCUCACCAGAAUGGAACAACUCCAACCUUGAAGCCGGGAACCCAAUCACCGUGGUCCUUGUACGAUGGGAAAGCCGAUUUUUCCGGGCUAUCCAUGUCGUUCGUUCCUCCAAAGCCAGUCAGCGAUUUAAGUGUUGGACAGGAGCACUUCACGAAGAAACAGCAAAAAUCUCGCCGUCUCUAUCAGCCUCUUAACGACCUCAACACUUUAAACAGUCAAGAUACCCUCACUACUAUCAACCGCUCUCCGAGUAACGAUAUUGAGCCGAAGUCCUUUUACCCUUUUGAGGCCGCAUGUCCUCAGGCACUAGACCAUGUUUACGCAACAAGCAAUGGUGCAAAUGCCGGAUCAUAUUCUUCGCCUGUUUCUUCGGAACGCAAUUCUUCCACGCACUCUACUACUUCCAGCUUUGAGAACGGAUGUACCAAAGUUUGCCCGGACAAUUUUUACUUUGAGCGUACUGCCAGCAUGACCAGCCGUAUCUUCGACAUCAACGGAGAGUGCGAUCUAUUCGAUUUGAGUCUCAACGAUGAUGUCCGGACUCAACGUCCAGCCUUUUAA